AAGAGAUCAAGGGUCAUGGAAAAAACCAAGUGGAUAGACAUCAAAGGGAAUCAUGAUUCAUUCAACAUUCCACGCCUGGACAGUGUUCAGAAUUAUUACAGGAAAUAUUCUGCCUGGCGUAAAGAUGGCUCUUUUCAUUACAUCCACACUGCCUCUUUUGGGAACUAUUCAUUCAUCUGCGUGGAUGCCACACUCAGCCCAGGCCCUAAGAGACCCUAUAAUUUUUUUGGGAUUUUAAACAUGAAUCAAAUGGCAGAGCUGUCUUUGAUGGCAACAGAAAGUCUACACAGCAACCAUACUAUCUGGUUUGGCCAUUACCCCACCUCAACAAUCAUCUCCCCAUCCCCUGGAAUAAGAACACUAAUGAGUUCUGCCACAGCCUAUUUAUGUGGACAUCUCCAUACAAUGGGUGGGCUGAUGCCAGUCUUGCACAGUCAACACCGUGGUGGUACUCUGGAACUUGAAUUAGGAGACUGGAUGGAUAAUAGGAGGUACCGGAUCCUCGCGUUUGAUCAUGACCUCCUCAGCUUUGCAGAUAUUAACUUUGAAGAGUGGCCUGUAGUUCUCAUCACCAAUCCCAAAUCCUUCCUUUACAGCAGUUCCACUCAUGAACCACUAGUCAAAAUUCUGUAUUCCACUCAUAUCAGAAUUCUGGCAUUCUCUCCUUCUGUCAUUAUCUCUGUCAAAGUCUACAUAGAUGGAGUUCACCUGGGGAAUGCACAUCAGGUGUCUGGCCCUCUCUAUGUGCUGAAGUGGAGCCCACAAAACUACAGUGAAGGGUUCCAUCACAUAGAUGUGACUGUCCAGGAUGCUUCAGGAAGAAUUGGCACACGGGGCCACUUAUUUGGUAUGGAAGAAAACCUCUCUCUUAGAUUUGACUUUUGGUCAUCUGUUAUUCUUCUCACUGACCACUAUGUUCUAGCUCGAGUGCUCUUUGGACUGAUGGUGCUGAUUCAGAUUACCUUGCUUGUUGUUUUCCGACACCUCCAAAAGCCAGCACUCAAAGAAAAGCCAGGAUUACUUACUCUGACUUCAUAUUCUCUUCAUGUCUUCAGUAAAACAAACACCUUCUAUUACUCAGUUCUGGUUCUGAAUUUGUACACCAUUCUGGGACCAUGGUUUGUAGGUGAACUGAUAGAUGGCCAGAUGGGGGCCUGCUUUUCCUUUGGGGUGUUUGUUGGUGGUUCCUUCUUACAGGGCAGUAUGACAUUCGUGGUUGGGAUUUUACAGAUGAUGUUUUUCAAUCUGCCAUUGAUGGCCUACCUGUGCUGGUGCCUGUUGCUGCGGUGCCAGGGCCACGGCUUCCGUUCCCACAUCCAUCAUGUCCGACGCUGCGUGGCUGUGCUUGUUCACCUGGCAAUGGCCCUGCUGCUGGCCUGGCAGGUCUAUUCCUGCUAUUUCCUGCAGCGAACAUACGGCACCUUGGCGUUCUUCCUCUCCCCAAUGAGAACAUGGCUGGUGGCACUGACUGCAGCUCUCAUUUAUAAAACCUGGACACUGAAAUCAUCAGAGCUCAGAACUUACAUAAUGGAGAUAAAAAACUGUCAGCGCUCCUGA